AGAUAUGAAUCGUAGCCUUAUAUAAAAAGGCUACACUUGGAGAAGUGAUGAGAAAGAUAAACACCUCCAACACCCAAACAGCUGUGAACUGAGCAGCCACUGGAACCAUAUCAUUGCUUGGCUUCUGAAUCAAACAGCAAGAAGAAAUUCAAAACAAAGGAAAAACUUUCAAGUGAGACUGCUCCUACAAGUUCAUCAGUUUCAAAAGCUGUGGAAAGGAGGCGUUCUAACCAACGGCCUGGAUACUGGCAAGGAACAAUUACAAAUACAUCCUAUACUUCAGCACAGAUGAUAUACCCCACGGAUCUAGCUUACAUAUUUGAAGAAUGGACUGGAGCAGAGCACUUGCAGGAAUAUAUUUUUUCAGGAAUCAGCUGGUUGCUGAUAGCAUUAGUGGCAGUUCCUUUGUGGCUCUUCUGCUAUAUAUACCUAUCUGCUUUUAUUGUCCAGAUCUUUGACAAGAUUUCUCAAUUAACAGGAUAUUCAUCUAAUGAAUUACAACAAAAAUGCUUUUUGGUAUUAGCAUACCUCUGGGACAGCUUUGGGAAAAUAUGGCAUGGUUAUGAGCUACAUGGCCUAGAAAAUAUACCAGACGGACCAGCUCUUGUCAUUUAUUACCAUGCUGCGCUUCCUAUAGACUAUAUAUUUUUUAUAACCAGGCUCUUUCUCCAAAGGAAGAUAAUUUGUCAUACAGUGGUUGAUCGCUUUGUCUUUAAACUGCCAGGCUAUAAAAGACUUCUAGAAACAUUAUGUAUGUUUACUGGAAUGAAGAAAGAUUGUCUGUCUCUUUUGAAAGAUGGCAGUUUGAUGUCUAUUUCACCAGGGGGAACACGAGAAGCCCUCUUUAGUGAUGGGACCUAUAAAAUUAUGUGGUGCAACCGUACGGGAUUUGCUCAAGUUGCCAUAGAUGCAAAGGUGCCUAUCAUUCCUAUGUUUACACAGAACGUCCGUGAAGCAUACAAGACACUAGGAAAUAUACGAAUACUGAAAUGGCUGUACGAAUAUAGCCGAUUGCCACUGGCUCCUGUAUAUGGAGGGUAUCCAGUCAAAUUGCGCACCUACUUGGGAGAGCCAAUUUUGUAUGAUCCAAAUAUAACUGCUGAACAGCUGGCUGAAAAGACAAAGAUUGCCAUCCAGGCUUUAAUAAACAAACACCAAAAACUACCAGCAAAUACAGGAAGAGCUCUGCUGGAACGAUUCAUUGGCAAUGACAAGAAAGGCUAAUUGUGUUGAACAGACUGUGUGUGUAUAUUUGCUGAAAAUAUAAUCGACAUGCUAGGUUACUGAUUCUUGUCAAACCUGUAUAUUUUCUUUAGAAAACUGCUAAAAAUGUAAGUUUUCAAGGUCCUCACCAGAUUUUUCCUAAUAAUUUAUUUCAUUUGCAAUAAAGUCCAUAAAUAUAA